AAUUUACACGUUUGUUUUAUGUGUAAUUGGAGACUGCUUAUUUGGGUUUUUGUUGGUGCAUAUUGUUUUUCCUAGUGGCGAAGACAAAAAAUUAGCCAAGGAUAAACUUCGAUUACCGAAAUGUUUUUUAAGCAAACAAAUUUAUAUUGAAGUGACACAGAGUGAAUAUAAAGUGUUUGGAAAAAGUUUUAAUCCAUAAGUAUACCUGCCAAGUGAAUUCAGUGCAGCGAUCAUAGUGAAUUUCAUACGUUUUUUAAACAAAAAAAGUGCAGUCCACAUUUUUCGCAAACAAAAAAAGAAUACAAAAUUAAAUAUUCAAAGUUACAAAUUGAAAUCGGAGUUAAUUUUUUGCUCAAGUGUUUGUUAUUGAAACACAGUGAAAAAAUAAACAGACCCAAGGGAUUAAAACUAACAUUUGGAUAUACAAAAAUCUAUUUGGCGAAAGCUACGAAGGAUAGAAAGCUUCCACUUGAAAAUAAAAGCGCUUGUUAUAGUAUAUAGCAACAAAUUUUCAAAAAGAGGAAACAAUUAAAAAAGUCGUGUAUUGAGCUCUCCGCAACACAAAUCGCAAAUGUACGCGUGUCCGGUAAAACUAGACAAAUUUCCUUAAACUGUACUAUAAAAGUAAAAUCCUUGAGGAUUCUUGUAAAACAUUCUCAAUUUGAGAAUAUUGGAAAAUGUUGGAUCGUUGCGAAAUGCCGAUUCAAAUAGACAACGAUAAGUUGCGGCGCGUUAGCGCCGUUGUCGAUCGCGACAAUCGUCUCUCGAAUUCACGCAUCGAUUUGCCAAAUGUAUGCAAUGGGGGCGUGGGUGGUGGUGGUGGUGUCGGUGUCGGUAGUAUUGUUGGUGGUGGCAAUGGUACAAUGCGUGGCUCAUCGCGCUCCAGCCGUUGCCUAGAUGCACACAAUAAUCAUUUGAAUAGUCACAGCCAUAGCCAUCACAAUGGCCAUCAUCAGCGCAGCCCAAUUAGUGGCAACAACAACAAUAACAGUAACAGCAACACUAAUACAAAUAACAAAAAUCAACAACAACAACAACAACAACAAACAAUUAAUGCCAACAAACAAAACAACAGCAGCGGCAGCAACAGCAACAACAACAACAACAAUAACAAUAAUAUUGGUUCACCAGUAUCAUCGACAACGAUCUCAUCGCAUGGCAACAGCUCGACAAGCGGCGGUGAGCGGGGCUCAUCGACCAAAUCGAAUAGCAGCAGCGGCAGUGGCAGCAGUGACAAUAUGAAAUGCAUUACACCGAUGACGCCGGCAGAGCUCGUUAAGAAGUACCGCAACUAUUUGACUGAUGUGGAAUUUGAAGAACUAAAAGUUUACAAAGAGAUUUGGUAUUUCGGACAAAAUGCCAGCAAAAAUUACAAUAAGACCACAACGAACGGAACUGCCAAUGCGGGCUUCGAUGAUGAUAAUGGAAAUUAUAAAAUUAUUGAACACGAUCACAUUGCCUUCCGCUAUGAGAUACUCGAAGUAAUCGGUAAGGGUAGCUUCGGUCAAGUUAUACGCGCCAUGGAUCACAAAACCAAUACAUACGUGGCCAUUAAGAUUAUACGCAAUAAGAGGCGUUUCCUCAAUCAGGCUGUGGUAGAAUUGAAUAUUUUGGAUGAAUUGCGCGAAAAGGAUGCCGAUGGAUCUCACAAUGUCAUACAUAUGCUGGAUUAUACAUACUUCCGCAAGCAUUUAUGCAUUACAUUCGAGUUGUUGAGUCUCAAUCUCUAUGAAUUGAUCAAGAAGAAUAACUACAAUGGUUUCAGCAUGAGUUUGAUUCGACGUUUUUGUAACUCGAUCGUUAAAUGCUUGCGUCUGCUUUACAAAGAGAAUAUCAUACACUGUGAUCUCAAACCGGAAAAUAUUCUGCUUAAACAACGUGGCAGUAGUUCAAUAAAAGUCAUCGAUUUUGGCAGCUCUUGCUAUGUGAGUCGUAAAAUUUACACAUACAUACAAUCGAGAUUUUAUCGCUCACCAGAAGUGAUACUUGGACUGCAAUAUGGCACCGCCAUCGAUAUGUGGAGCUUAGGUUGCAUUCUCGCCGAGCUCUACACCGGCUUUCCGCUCUUCCCCGGCGAGAACGAAGUCGAGCAGUUGGCCUGCAUUAUGGAAGUGAUUGGCCUGCCACCGAAGGACCUCAUCGCCAACGCCACCCGACGCCGUUUGUUCUUCGAUUCACGUGGCGCACCACGUUGCACCACCAACUCCAAGGGUCGCAAGCGCUUGCCAGGCGGCAAGUCACUCUCACAGAUACUCUUCUGCCAAGAUCGUUAUUUCAUCAACUUCCUGCAACGCUGCCUUGAAUGGGAUCCAGCGGAGCGCAUGACACCCGAGGAGGCGGCACACCAUGAAUUCCUGCAGCUCUCCUCAUCCAAUCGUCACCGUAGCUGCCGCAUGUCCAACUCAUCAUCGACCGGCGGUCUCAACAACAGCUCUUCACAGAAAUCAUCCUGCUACAGUUUCACCGAAGUCUCGCCACCCACAAAUGCCACAAAUGCGAACACCGCCAAUAACGGUAGCGCUAGUGGCUGUGGCAAUGGUAACGGCAACGGCAACGGCAGCAGCAAUGGCGCCGUAGUCGCCUCCAUCACCAGCACUACAGCGGUCAGUAAUGCUGCCAUCACGACGACGACGAGCAAAGCUACCACCACCACACAAUCACGCGCCAACGGCGGGCUGGCGCAUCACGCACACCACGCCGCCUCCUCUGGUCAUCUGCCCGACAUCAAGCUCAGCGCCAGCGAUAAGUACAGCAGCAUGCAGAAGGUUGCCGUACGCUCGAAGAUCACCUCGUCUGUAUCCGAUUUGGAUGCGGUGCCGCAAUAUGCGUUGCAUCGCAGCAUUUACGGCACAAAUGGGCUAACGCAUAGCGGCACCGCAGCGCGCAAGCAUCUCAUUACAAGCGGCACCAUUGCCACAACAUCAAGCAAAUAUGGCUUGGGCUUAGGUGGUAGCGGCGGCGGUGGCAGUGGCGUGCAUAAUCACCUCAUGCAUCAGAGCACAACACUUGGAAAUGUGGCGCACCACGGCGGCGGCGCUGGUGGUGUUGGUGGAGGUAAUAGUAAUGGUCACAGCGGCGGUGGCGGCGGGGGCAGCAGUGCCAGCAACAAUAUGUCACACUCACAAUCGACGGGCGACGUGUCAGCGAUCUUCGGAAGGGCUUGACUUCGCGCGCGUCCCACCAAACUUGAGCUCAAAAAAUGCAAACUAGUCAAUAUGGUGGAUUUUUGGAGCUAGAAGUGGAAGUAAGUGGAGUGGCGCGGAGCGGCGGUGGCUGCGGCGGCAUCGUCGACGGCAAGGGAAGGAGGAGGCGUGUGGCGUAGAAUUUAGAAUUUCAUAUGAAAGUGAAAGCAUUGGGAAGCAGAGCAUCGAGCAAGCCCGGCCGUUCUACUGUCUUUGAAGGUUACUCAUACGCCCGGCUGUACCGCAGAGGUUCUUGACGAAUGUGGCGCCACACAGCAGGCGGCAUACAUUGUGCUGCAACAGCGGCAUUAUAUAGAUUAUAAUUUUAACUGAAUAUGAAUAAAACAUAUAUCGAUUGUGUGUUUAUUGUAAGAGAAGUCACUUUUUGACUACCAUGCAAAGGUGGAGAGAGCAAGAAGAAAGGUUGGAAAUUUGAAAAUCAUUUUUGAAAGAUGAAGUACAAAUACAUAAGUAAACAAAAAGGAAAAGAUUUAGAUAGCCACACCUUUUCAUAAAAGAACCUUUUCAUAAAAAAAUCAAAGUCAUGGGCUUAUAUUGUUUUAGUUCAAAAAAGAUUUCUUUAAACAAACUGUGCGAAAUUAUUUGAAAGCUGUGUGUUAAAAAAAAAAAAAAUAAUAGAAAAAAAUUAUCUCUCAUUUCUUUUUUUAAGAAAAAUCUAUUUUUCCAUAGAGCUGGAUUAGUUAAUUUCAAAAAUAUUUUUUCCAAAAAUUUCAAUACAAAAAUUUAUUCGACUUUUCGGAAAAAUUUAAAUUAUUUGCGGGACAACAAGUUUGUGUAUAUGCUUGUAAUUCUAACACUGCAGAGUAAAACAAUUCCAAUAAAAUUUAAAAUUUUUUUUUUUUUUUGGAAAAAUAUAACAAAUUAAAAAAUGGAAAUAAAAAUUUUGAAGCUUAAUUGAAGACGUAAAGAUGCCGAUCUUUUUAGUUAAUAUUUUUUUUUAAUUCUGAAACAUUCAAAAACGGGCUUAAUUAAUUAUAGAGAGUUUCAGGAGAAUUUGUGUUUAUAAUUUUUCAGAGACAAAAAUUGACUUAUAAGCGUUAAAAAAAAAAUUCGACUUGAUGGUUUAAAUGCACGAAUAAAAGUAGUAAGCUAAUUUUGUGGUAGUAAAAAUCAAGUGUUCCAAUUUUUUUUUAAUCUUGCAAAUUUGAAAAAAUUAGAAAGUAACAUCUUCUUACAGUAUGUGCUAUUCAACUAAAUACUUAUGCCCUUAUUCAUGAAAAAAAAAUAAAAUAGUUUAAAAAGCUUUAUAAAGUGAGAUUUUAACACAAACUUUCGUUUUUCUUAUUUUUUAUUUUCAAGAAAAAGUGCGAACCUUUUAUUGGAAAUAUAGAAAGUUAUUGAAAUGUCAAUGAGUUUGUUUUAAAGUUUGCAAAAACAAUUUUGAGUUUAUUUUUGAAAUAUGGCCAAAUUUAAAAAAAAAUUCCUUAAACAAUUUUGAAAUAAUGAUUAUUUGCUAAGAAAUUUUAAGAAACCUGAUAUGUCACCAUUUUUUUCUUGCUCUCUUCGCUCAACCUGCAUGACUUUACGCUCAUUUUCUUGUGAAAAACUUUGUGAGCGCACUUUAGACUAAAUUUCAGAAUUAUGUUUGUAUGUGUAUGAGUGCUUCUGAAGUAGUUUUACUUAUAUAAUUUAGUGUAAUUGUUGUAAGUUACAAACAAAAUAAACCAUGUAGCUAGUAAAUGAGUUUCAAUGGCAUAAAAAUAAAGAAAUGAAAUGAAGUACUGGAAAAAAAAUUUAAAUGAUUACAAUAUAAUUAUAGGCAUAAAAAAUAUUAAAAAAUAUUGAUUAAAAAAAGUAAGCAUAAGUAACAUUUUGUUGAACUAUUCAAAUUGUUACGAAAUAAUUUACUGAAAUACUUUAAAAUUUAAAUAUUCAAAAAUAUAUAAAGAAUGCAAAAGACUAUAUAUAGAUUUUUGCAUAUAUGUAUACAUAUAUAUGUAUGUCAAAAAUUUUUAAGAAUCAUACCUUCAAAAUUCAUUGAAAAAUUUGAAAUCAAUUUUCGCUCACAUUCUCGACAUACAAAUAAAAUCUUCCAUAUAUUUAGUUUUACUGCUUUUAGUAAAUUUUUACAUUAAACUGCCUUUGAUUCAAUGUAAAUAAAUGCAUACAUAUGUUUAUGUUGACACAUAAAUAUUAUAAAUAAUAAUAAAAAUAAAUAAGUAAUAAGUAAAAUUUCAUUGCCAUGCAUCACAAAAACAUUUCUUGAAGCAUAUCCUGUAAAAUAAUAACAUAUUAAAAAAAAAAAAAAAA